CGGGCCGUCACCGAUCCGGGCCAGUGCGCAGGCGCGGGAAAGUUGACGUCAUAAAGAAAAGUUUACACAAGCCGUGGAAGAGACGGGGACGGCGGGGCCCGGGACCAACCCCCUCUCUCACAGGUGCCCCCAUGGCAGGCUCGGAAGAGCUGGGGCUCCGGGAGGACACGCUGAGGGUCCUAGCUGCCUUCCUUAGGCGAGGUGAGGCUGCCGGGUCCCUCGUUCCAACCCCAGCCAGGAGCCCUGCCCAGGAGGAGCCAACAGACUUCUUGAGCCGCCUUCGAAGAUGUCUUCCUUGCUCCCUGGGGCGAGGAGCAGUUCAGCCUGAAUCCCCUCGGCCUUGCUCCUUGCCCCUCCACCCCUGCUAUGGUUCAGAGCCUGGCCCAGCUACUCCAGACUUCUAUGCCCUGGUGGCCCAGCGGCUGGAACAACUGGUCCAAGAGCAACUGAGAUCCCCACCUAGCCCAGAGUUACAGGGUCCCCCGCCCACAGAAAAGGAAGCCCUGCUGCGGAGGCUGGUGGCCUUGCUGGAGGAGGAGGCAGAAGUCAUGAACCAGAAGCUGGCCUCGGACCCGGCCCUGCGCGGCAAGCUGGCCCGCCUCUCCGCCGGCUCCUUCGCCCGCCUGGUGGAGCUGUUCUCCAGCCGCGAGGGCGCCCCGUGCCCCGCCCGCGCACGCCCCUUGUCGCCGUGCCCCGGGCCCCCGCCGCCUUCCCCGGAGCCCCUGGCCCGCCUGGCCCUGGCGAUGGAGCUGAGCCGCCGCGUGGCCGGCUUGGGGGGCACCCUGGCUGGACUCAGCGUGGAGCACGUGCACAGCUUCGCGCCCUGGAUCCAGGCCCACGGGGGCUGGGAGGGCAUCCUGGCCGUGUCACCCGUGGACUUGAACUUACCCCUGGACUGAGGUUUUCCUGAGAAGCUGCUACGAGACACGUCCCUCUCUCUCUGUGCCUUUUCCAAGCCUUCCGAGUCCACUCAGGGCUGUGGGGUGGUGGCUGCCCUCCCUGUUUUUGCCAAAAAGAAAUUGUUUACCAUUUUUUCAUAUUAAAAACAUUUUCAAGUAUUUAAUAGUUUAUCCUUUUACUGAAGAAGUACAUUCUAAGUAGAAGAGAUUUGGUUCAGAGAUCUCUCUGGUUUAUCAGUUGAGGAAAGAGCCAAUUCAUUUAUUCUAGAAAUAUUUAUUUGGAGCACCUGUGAGAGCACCUGUCGCCUGGAUAAACAGCAUAUUUGAGGAUAUCUGUAAAGAUGAUUCCAGCUAAUUAUAUUUUUCCCUAUUGCGUGAUUGAUUGAUUCCAGCUAAUCCUGUGUUGAUGGGCUGGAGUCUUUCCAGCUAGUUCCAGAAGAAAGCUACAGUCUUCCUUCACGGGGCGUCCUGAAUGCCACUCUCUUCUCAUUUCUCUCCUCCCACGGCUCCUUCCGAGCCUUUUUGGCUGGUUUCUCCUCAUCCACCUGCAGACCUCGAGUUUGUCACCUUUUUAGGGCUCCAGCUCCCUUCACAGAACUAUGUUUGUAAAUGCAUAACAGGAAACAUACAGGACUACAAAAGAAACCAAUUACAGUCGAUCCUCCUUAUUCGCGGAUUCCGUCUUUGCGAAUUGACCUACUCGCGAAAAUUUGUUCAUAAUCCCCAAGUGAACACUCCCGGUGCUUUAGUGGUCACUGGCGGGCAUUCGUACAGGCAGAGCCACAGAAGGAUUGAUGCCUGAUGAGCACGUUCUCCGCUGAGGUCCAGCAAGGCGACACAUGCCUUCUUGUUUCAGCUUUCCUACUAUAAACACGUGUCCUUUUUACAAUCUUUUUAGUGCCACAUUUUUCACAUUUUUGUGCUUUCUGUGGUGAUUUCACUGUUUACAACAGCCCGAAGCAUAGUGCUGAAGUGCUGGCUAGCGAUCUUAAGCGCAAGAAGGCCGUCACGUGCCUUAUGGAGAAAAUACGUGUUAGCCAGCUUCAUUGAGGCACGAGUUACAGGGCUGUUGGCUGUGAGUUCACUGGGAAUGAAUCCACAAUAUAUAUUAAAUAAGACGUCUUUGAACAGAAAACACGUCAAAUAAGGUUGUGUGUUGAUGGGUUGACAGUGUUGUGACCAGAAGCUCGCAGGAACCUGACUCUGAAUUUCCCUUAGGAACGAUGGCCCACUGUUCACGGUGACUUUAUAGAACAUAUGCCACAAAUGAUAAGAAUCAACUGUAUAUGGAAAUAAAGUUUUCAAUACUAAUAUAAAAA